CCAUGAGCGGCGGUGUGAACAUCAAGACCAUAUCCCAGGCCCAACCAAGCUCAGGUCUGGUCUCUGGUAUCCCCCUUCCCCAGAGGAUAACCCCCCUCUCCAAACUGGACCCCAAACAUCAGGGGGGCAGCACCCUAUCUAACCCCACAGCACAGUUUCAACUCAGCACCAAAAUGCAUCCCUCUGCAUACUCUUCAUCAUCUUCAUCCUUUUCAAACAAACUGCUGAGUGGUGCAGCUUUGAGGGGUGGUAUCUGUCCCACUGGCUCCUCCUCCUCCAGAGUCUCCUAUGCCCCAGAGAGAGGCACCAUCAGCCGGUCAGCCUACAGCAGCCCCCAGGUCCCCAAGAGACAGACACCACCACCACGCUCCAAGGACACCCUGGACCUCCGCAGCAGCAAUGCUCUAUCCCAGAAGGCUUUUCGAGAACUUCACACCAGGAGAAAUGCCAAUGGGAACUGGGCCUCAGGCGGGGUUCGCCACAGCCGUCUGGACGACAAUGGAGAUGCGCAGGAUGCCCUGUCGAAGCUCUCUGGUGGUGAUCUCCACUCAGGCCAAAGCAGGCUCUCCAACACUAAAGCAGGGAACGGGAAUCUGAUCAGCGCUGUGUUGAUGACCACCCGUCAGGAGCAGAGGGAGCCGAGGAACCUCUCCUGCCAUGGCAUGAUCGCUCCUAAAAAAGACAUGUCCACCAACAAACAUAGAGCGGCCCAUCUGAGCCAGAGUGGUGGUGGUGGUACCAGGCAGACAGUCAGUGUGCCACACAGAGGGAGUGAGCCAGCCCGUAGUAACAUGGCCACUGUGGCACCUUUCAGGUUCAGGUUGAAUGUCCAGGAUGAUGAUGCCUCUUCUCUGGAGGACCUGAGUGACUGCUCCUCUGACUCCAUGGAGGUGUGCUGUGAUGACCUGGAGAGGCUGUGGUGGCCCCUCACUAUAUUCUUCUGGGAGAGGCUGUGGUGGCCCCUCACUAUAUUCUUCUGGGAGAGGCUGUGGUGGCCCCUCACUAUAUUCUUCUGGGAGAAGCUGUGGUGGCCCCUCACUAUAUUCUUCUGGGAGAGGCUGUGGUGGCCCCUCACUAUAUUCUUCUGGGAGAGGCUGUGGUGGCCCCUCACUAUAUUCUUCUGGCAGAGGCUGUGGUGGCCCCUCACUAUAUUCUUCUGGGAGAAGCUGUGGUGGCCCCUCACUAUAUUCUUCUGGGAGAGGCUGUGGUGGCCCCUCACUAUAUUCUUCUGGGAGAAGCUGUGGUGGCCCCUCACUAUAUUCUUCUGGGAGAGGCUGUGGUGGCCCCUCACUAUAUUCUUCUGGGAGAAGCUGUGGUGGCCCCUCACUAUAUUCUUCUGGGAGAGGCUGUGGUGGCCCCUCACUAUAUUCUUCUGGGAGAGGCUGUGGUGGCCCCUCACUAUAUUCUUCUGGGAGAGGCUGUGGUGGCCCCUCACUAUAUUCUUCUGGGAGAAGCUGUGA